UUCCACCAGAAUGGGCUUGUGUCUGGCCGUUCUGACCCAGGAGCAGAGUCUUGGCGCGUGAAGAGCGCAGGCGGACCAGAGGCCGGCUCCAUGUAUCCGGAAUCCACCACCGGCUCCCCGGCUCGGCUCUCCCUGAGGCAGACGGGCUCCCCCGGCAUGAUCUACAGUACUCGGUAUGGGAGCCCCAAAAGACAGCUCCAGUUUUACAGGAACCUGGGCAAGUCGGGCCUGCGGGUCUCCUGCCUGGGCCUGGGAACAUGGGUGACCUUCGGAGGCCAGAUCACCGACGAGAUGGCAGAGCAGCUCAUGACCUUGGCCUACGACAACGGGAUCAACCUCUUCGACACGGCGGAAGUCUACGCGGCGGGCAAGGCUGAGGUGGUUCUCGGGAGCAUCAUUAAGAAGAAGGGAUGGAGACGGUCCAGCCUGGUCAUCACCACCAAGAUCUUCUGGGGAGGAAAAGCGGAGACCGAGAGGGGCCUCUCCCGGAAACACAUCAUCGAAGGUCUGAAGGCCUCGCUGGAGCGGCUGCAGCUCGAGUACGUGGACGUGGUGUUUGCCAACCGCCCGGACCCCAACACGCCCAUGGAAGAGACUGUGCGCGCCAUGACCCACGUCAUCAACCAGGGGAUGGCCAUGUACUGGGGCACGUCGCGCUGGAGCUCCAUGGAGAUCAUGGAAGCCUACUCGGUGGCGCGGCAGUUCAACCUGAUCCCGCCCAUCUGCGAGCAGGCGGAGUACCACAUGUUCCAGCGCGAGAAGGUGGAGGUGCAGCUGCCCGAGCUCUUCCACAAGAUCGGAGUGGGUGCCAUGACCUGGUCCCCUCUGGCCUGCGGCAUCGUCUCUGGAAAGUAUGACAGCGGCAUCCCGCCCUACUCCAGAGCCUCCUUGAAGGGCUACCAGUGGCUGAAGGACAAGAUCCUGAGUGAGGAGGGCCGGCGCCAGCAGGCCAAGCUGAAGGAGCUGCAGGCCAUCGCCGAGCGCCUGGGCUGCACCCUCCCGCAGCUGGCCAUAGCCUGGUGCCUGAGGAACGAGGGCGUCAGCUCCGUGCUCCUGGGCGCGUCCAGCGCAGACCAGCUGAUGGAGAACAUCGGAGCGAUCCAGGUCCUCCCCAAGCUGUCAUCCUCCAUCGUCCACGAGAUCGACAGCAUCUUGGGCAACAAACCCUACAGCAAGAAGGACUACCGGUCCUAGGGCCGCCGGCCGGACACUCCCUCCCCCGUCCGUUCGUCUGUUCGCUCGCCGCCCCUCGCUUCCGCUGUUUGAAGCCAAGUCGUGAACGUGGUUCGCAUCACAAAGAAAGCCCUCCGGGGUGUCCUGGGGAAACACCUCAGAAGCCGCUGCCACACCCCACCCACUGCUCCGCGGACCCCCGUCCUGCCGGGGCGCCCCGAUCCUUAGGAGGCCGUCAGGUGUCCCCCCAGGCUGAACCUCCCCGCCGGGCCUCCCCGGAGCCUCCGCAAGCCCAGGCCAGGCUGGACCAGGGGCGGGGCAGGCAGGGCCGGCUCUCCUCUGCCGAAACCCCGCUGGCGUCGGCGGCAGGGAGGAGGACCGGGGGCCUGGUCCUCCUGGGGCCCCCCCACAGGGCCCUGGGUGCUGGGCUGGGCCUCCCCAGGGGUCUCCCUCUGACCCAGGGCCCGACCUCAGCUGCUUCCCCACCCCUGACCCCCACCUCCUCCCUGGCUGGUAGGGGUUGGAAUCCAGGGGGGCUGGCUCUGCAGUCUGGGGCCCACAAGAAGUUUGGGGGUCUGAUUUCAAGCUCAUUGCCCUUGGCAGCGGCCCCACCUCCUCCCUGCCAGGUACCCGUCGCUGCCCCCGAGGCCGUGCGUGCUGAGCUGGGCUGGCUGCUGGCCACGCGUGGGAAAGGACAUUUGCCCGGCUGGGGUCGGCCUCGGCGUCUGCAGGGGACAGGCUAGAGCCCUGCCCGGGGCCCGGGGCCUUCUGUCUGUGCCCAGCACCAGGAGUCUUGUACCCCUAGCCGCAGCCCCCACGGUGGAGGAACGACCCCCGCAGGCUCUCCCUGGAGAGGCGGGGUUGAGGUGCUCUGUCUUGGGGCGCUAAGCAUCUCUGUGCUCAGAGCUUGCGACCUGGGCAGAUGGGCAGCAGUGCCACCCCUGGGACCCCCACACGCUGUGACGUGUGGGGGUGUCACUGCACACCACUCCCAGCCUGGAGCAGGUUGGGGACAGGGACGAAGGACAGGACACACAGGCAGCCCCAGCCUGGGGCCA